GUGUGCGCGAGGCGGCGGCGGCGGCGGCGGCGCGUGGCCUCGUCGGCGUCUCCGUCCAGCGCGGCCUCCCCUCCUCCUCCUCCUCCUCUCCUCCUCCUCCUUUCUUCUCCCCUCUUUCCACCCCCUUCCCUCUUCUCUCCUCGCCCAGGCCGGGGCCAUGACCGACUUCAAGCUGGGCAUCGUGAGGCUCGGCCGUGUGGCGGGCAAGACAAAAUACACCCUGAUAGAUGAGCAAGACAUUCCUCUCGUAGAGAGCUACUCUUUUGAGGCUCGGAUGGAAGUCGACGCUGAUGGAAAUGGUGCUAGAAUCUUUGCUUUUGCGUUUGACAAGAACCGAGGGAGGGGAUUCGGACGUCUGCUGCAUGAGUUGCUGUGGGAGAGACAUCGGGGAGGCAUUGCCCCAGGUUUCCAGGUGGUGCAUUUGAACGCAGUGACAGUGGAUAACCGUUUGGACAACUUGCGAUUGGUGCCGUGGGGCUGGAGACCCAAAGCCGAAGAAAUCUCUAGCAAGCAAAGGGAACAAAGCUUAUACUGGCUGGCGAUACAACAGCUUCCCACCGAUCCCAUCGAGGAGCAGUUCCCUGUGUUGAAUGUCACACGCUACUACAACGCUAACGGAGACGUGGUGGAAGAAGAGGAAAGCUCGUGCACAUACUACGAAUGUCACUACCCCCCCUGCACAAUGAUUGAGAAACAGUUACGCGAGUUUAACAUCUGUGGCCGAUGCCAGGUGGCGCGGUACUGCGGCUCGCAGUGCCAGCAGAAAGACUGGCCCGCUCACAAGAAGCACUGCCGGGAGAAGAAGCGACCCGUCCAGCAAGAACUGGGACCAGAGCGGUGACCGGAAAACCUUCGCCGUCAAAGGGCUCCUUUCCCCUCCCCCCACCCCCCCAACCCCCUCGAGAGGGCGACGGCGGGAAGGCAGCACCCCUCUUUGCACAGACUGCUCACUUGAAGCCAGAGGCACUGACAACAAGGAGGAAAAGGAAGGAAGGAAAGAAAAAGAAGAAGAAGAAGAAGAUAAAAAGACGAGACGAGACAAAAAAAGAACCCCUGUGAUGCUUGAGGAGAGGGAAACUGGCCUUUUCCCCCUCUUAGUGUUAAAAGAAAACCUCAAGCGGGG